AUGGUCAAUACUCGCAACCGGAAUCGUUCCCCUCCUAGGGAAGACGCCGCUAACACCCCUCCUAUCAUCCCUCCUCUUAGGCCGGCUGCAAAUGAAGUUCCUGGAACACAAGUGAACCGAAAUCCACCUCCUCCCCCUCCGGCUGCCUUACCGAUCAGAAAUGUGAUACCGGAAUGGGCUGAUGCCUCCAAACUUUCUGAGAAGUUUCAAAAGCAUCCUCCUCCUACUUUUUACAAGUUGAUCCAUGACUCCAUGUUCCCGGCUACUUGGAUACGGGACCCCGAAAGGAUCUUUGAGGUGCUACCGUGUAGUGAUCUCGAGAAGAUUCAAUAUGCUACCUUCCAACUCCGAGGUGACGCUGAUGCUUGGUGGCGUUCCUCGAAGGAGCAUUUCUGGGUCAAAUACCCCAAUGUAACUUGGGAUCAAUUUAAGGAAGCUUUUCUUGAGAACUACUUCCUAAGAAAUUUUCUAGAGAAGAAAGAGAUUGAAUUCAUGUGCCUCAGUCAGGGAUCCAAGUCGAUCUUUGAAUAUCAACAAAUCUUUGAGGAGUAUUUCUACUUUACUCCGACACACUUGAAAACUGACGACGUGAAGGUAAGAAGGUUUGAAAGAGGGCUUAGAGCCAGCCUGAGUACAUCUGUGGUACAACACAAGUACCCCACCUAUGCAGAAGUGGUUGAAGCUGCCAAGUUGAUAAAAGAUCAGCAGAGGGAAAAUAAUAGGGCCAUACAAGCAGGCAAGAGGCCAAUGUCAUCUCAUAACUCUAGGGGACCCAACAAGUUCCAGAGGAGAGGGGCUUACACCCAUGUAGCUCCAAUUCAGUCCCGUAGACCCGAUGCGGCUCAAGUGCCUAAAGCUACAUCUGCUCCUUAUUACGGGACCCAGACUCUUGUUUGUUACAACUACAAGGAGUCUGGCCAUAUGGCCAAGGAUUGUCCACAACCGCGACAACCAGGUCCAUGGCCAGUUAUGACUUCCAGGGCAUCCCAGGCCAAGACUGCUAUUCGUCCACUUGUUCCUCCUCCAACAAGCAAGACUCAGGGGCGAGUUUAUUCUGUUACUCAUGAAGAAGCCCAGUCUGACCUUGGCGUCAUCAUAGGUAUUGUACUCAACCACCUUAGUAAAAUUUCUUAUGUUGAGUUUAUCAUGCUUGGCUAUUCGUUGUUAUCAGGCAUGAUUUCUGUGUGCUCCUUACCUGCAUAUGUGUUAUUUGACUUGGGGGCGUUACACUCCUUUGUAUCUCCCUCCUUUGCCGAGAAAUUACCAAUUGAACUGGCCAGUAUGGAGCAAAAGUUAAUAGUCAGUACACUGACUUGA